UCACUCCUGGGUGAGGGGGAAGCCGUCGCGGCGCGAGCAGGACGGCAGAAUCCGCCGAGCUGCGUUGGCCGUUGGGCUCCGAACCCGCUCCAGUUCUGGCGCCGCCGCAAUUCGUCUAGCUUCAUCGAGGUAAGCCUCACGGAAGUUGAGGGGACGCGACAAGCUAGGCCCUGCCUUCCACACGAACUCUUCUCUCGCCCUCCUCUUCCCGGCGACCCCGCCUGCCAUCGUCUGUUGCUGGAUUGCCGUGGGGUGGAAAUUCAACAGGACUUCCACUGAUUUCUUCACUCGUUGAGAAAAUCGACAAAAGACAUCAGUAGGAACCAAUGGGUUACGGCAUGAGUAGGCUAGAAGAUGAAUACUAUGAGCCUGAAGGGCAGGAUGCUGAUGGAUCUAGUUCAGAUCAAGUGAAUGAUGAGUUCUCAAAAUUACAUAACGAUAUUUUCCAUAUGACUCGAAUGAGAUCAGGACUUAGUGAAAGCAUUUACAAGUCCGUGGGUGCCAACAGAGGCAUAAUAUCAACAGCCAAGUUGUUAUCUGGAAGGGAGGUUGAUUGUUCUGGAAAGGGAAAGUUCUCUUCAGGUGACCGUGCAUUUGUUCUUGGUCGCUAUGUUCCAAUGAACGGUCCUGAAUUGUUGGAUAGGAUGGAUUCUCGUGCUUAUGUUUCACAGUUUUCUGCUGAUGGUACUCUUUUUGUUGCUGGUUUUCAGGGAAGUCAUAUAAGAAUAUAUGAUGUUGACAGAGAUUGGAGGAUACACAAGGACAUUCAUGCUAGAAAUUUGAGAUGGACAAUCAGUGAUGUAUCCUUAUCACCUGAUCAGCGAUAUCUUGUCUACUCUAGUCUAGCACCUAUUAUCCAUAUUGUCAAUGUUGGGAAUGCUGCAAGAGAAUCCUAUGCUAAUGUCACUGACAUUCAUGAUGGAUUGGAUUUUUCACAGCAUGAAGAUGUUCAAUAUUCAUUUGGAAUAUUCUCUGUGAAAUUCUCCUCUGAUGGCCGGGAACUUGUUGCUGGCAGCAAUGAUGAAUCAAUAUAUGUCUAUGACCUGCAUGCAAACAAAUUGACAUUGCGUUUACCUGCUCAUACAUCUGAUGUCAACACAGUAGCAUUUGCUGAUGAAAGUGGCCAUCUCAUAUAUUCUGGAAGUGACGACACUUUAUGCAAAGUCUGGGACAGACGAUGUUUGUCUGCAGGACAAGCUGCCGGAGUUUUGUCUGGACAUUUGCAUGGGGUAACACAUAUUGAUAGCCGUGGAGAUGGCCGAAGUUUCAUAUCCAAUGGAAAGGACCAAGCAAUCAAAUUGUGGGACAUUAGGAAAAUGAUGUCUAAUGCUGAUAGUUGUGCAGAUGAUGCCCCCACUUGGGACUACAGACUUUCGAGGUAUCCACAGCAGAAUAAACAAUUAAAGCAUCCCCAUGAUCAGUCAUUAGCUACAUACCGGGGUCAUUCAGUCCUCCGCACAUUGAUCCGUUGCUACUUUUCUCCUGCGUAUAGCACGGGGCAAAAGUACAUAUAUACAGGAUCAUAUGAUUCGAGCAUUUACAUCUAUGAUGUGGUAAGCGGAUCGCAAGUAGCGAAACUUAAAGGGCAUCAAACGGCGAUUCGAGACUGCAGCUGGCACCCAUUUGAACCCACGCUUGUGAGCUCAUCCUGGGACGGCCGGGUCGCUAAAUGGACCGGUGCCCGUGACGAGAAGAGUUCUGAUGUCGAUUGAGCCUAGUGUGCAGUGAUCAGCAAUACUUCGUGGUCUGCGAAAACAUACGCAAUCUUAUAUACGGGAAAACUAAGAAUAGCUCUUCAAAACAACAGAAGGAUCAUGUGUUGUAAAUUGUAAAUACUGAACACAGAAACCAUGUUGAGUGCAUAAGCACUACUGUGUCCUCUUAAAUACUCUGCAUAAAAAGCUUCCUGUCCCUACGGACGUGUGUCCUCUUAA